UCUGCCAAAGAAAAGACACACGCACGCACGACCCCAAAAAACGACUAUAUAAUUAAGCUGCGCGUCGAUUCGUGCAAUAUUACGGCUGUUGUAAUACGUUUCAUGUGAACGAUUAAACAAGAACACAACAAUGACGGACAAGAAGUCGGGUGACGGCGGCGAUCUCAAGUACAAGAUCGAGCGGAGCGAUCGGGUGGGCCGCUACCUCGUCGCCGCGAAGAGCCUCGAGGCGGGCGAGGUCAUCCUCGAGGAGCUGCCCUUCGUCGUGGGGCCCAAGGCCGCCAGCUAUCCCUGCUGUCUCGGCUGCUACAGUCCCUGGCCACCUGUUCCAGUGGAAGGUGAUGGUACCCCUGCCGGCCCCCUGUGUCCGGACUGCGGCUGGCCGGUCUGCGGCGACGAGUGCGCCCGCGUGAGUCAGCAUCGCGACUACGAGUGUCGCGUCUUCGCCGAGGCCAAGGAGCGCUUCAACGUGCAGGAGGCGCUGGGCUGCGAUCGGGCCCAGGGCGUGCCCCACCUCGAGUGCGUGACCCCGCUCAGGCUGCUGCUGGCCUCGGAGAAGGACAAGGUGAGGUGGGAAAGCGAAGUGAGCUGCAUGGAGUCGCACGACAAGGAGCGCCGCGAGAAGCCCCAGUGGCAGGCCGAUCAGGUCAACGUCGUCGAGUACAUCAGGAACAGACUCAAGCUCGACAGAUUCAGCGAGGAGCUGAUCCAGCGCUGCUGCGGCAUCCUCGAGAUCAACAAUCACGAGAUACGCACGAGUCGGGGUUUCCUCGCGCGUGGCCUCUAUCCGCGGGUCUCGAUCAUGAAUCACAGCUGCGUCUCGAACACGGCGCACAGCUGCGACCCCGCCCCAGGGGCCGACUUCAGGGUGCAGCUGCGCGCGGCCGUGCGAGUCGCGGCGGGCGCCGAGCUCACCGGCAGCUACACCCACGCCCUGCUGCCCACGAUGCUGCGCCGCCAGCAUCUGGCCGAGGGCAAGUACUUCGACUGCGCCUGCACGCGCUGCUCCGAUCCGAGCGAGCUCGGCACCCACAUGUCCUCCCUCAAGUGCAACAAGUGCGACAACGGUUUGGUGCUUCCGCUCGACUCUCUGGAUCCCGAGAGCCAAUGGAAGUGCACGCACUGCGACUUCUCGACGAGCGGCCAGGCGGUGCGCCGCGUCCAGACGAUCAUACACGCGGACAUGGAGCAGGCCGAGGCGUACACGGCGGCGGACGGGCCCGAGGCCAUACAGCUGCGCGAGUCCUUCAUGAAGAAGUACCACUCGGUGCUGCAUCCGCGCCACGCGCUCCUCACCAUACCGCGCUUCUCGCUGGCCCAGCUGUACGGCCGCGUCGAGGAGUACUUCCUGGACGAUCUGCCGGACGUCGUGCUCGAGCACAAGAUCGAGCUGUGCCGGCUGUGUCUGCAGGUGCUGGACAAGGUCGAGCCGGGUCUGCAGCGCUCCCGGGGCAUGAUGCUGUACGAGCUGCACGCCCCACUGCUGUUCAUCGCCAAGGGCCAGUGGAGCGCAGGGGCGAUCGACGCGCCCACCCUCAAGUCCAAGAUGACCGAGGCGGCGCAGAUACUCAAGGAGGCCGCGGACAUACUGUGCCUGGAGCCGGCUGCCACGCCCGAGGCCGAGAUCGGCCAGGGUGCCAAGCUGGCUCUCGAGCAGUUGAACAAGUCCAUCGCCGAUCUUUAAUGAUAUUGUCCUUUGUACAUAAUAUAUAUCUCUCAACGUCUUCCUAAAUUAUAAACUCGUGUAUGUGCAUUGUGCACCAUUGGACCGAGAAAAGUCGAGUCUUGCCGAACGCCUAUCUUAAGGAAAAUUGAGCCUCUAGUCUCAAGAUUUAUGCUUGCAUUAGCACUGCUAUCAUAAUUAUUAAUAAAAGAAUCAACGAAUAAAUUUUUUAAAAAUUGUCUUUUGUUUCGUGUAGUUACGCCUAUAUGAUCACGAUAAAAGAAAUACUGUUAUGAUCCA